CUAGUUUUGGCAAAUUUAAAAAUCACUUUUUAAUAUGUUCAAAAUUAUUUGGCUUAUAGCCGCACUUAGCAGCACUGCACACAGUUUUUAUGACCAAAUGAUAUGUUCGAAUUGUUCAAAAGUUAAUGCGGAAUGCAAAAUAUUGACAACCGGUUGGAGUUGCGAAUUCGAAACUGAUGCCAAGAAGUUGGAUCCUAAUUUAAAUUCGUCCCAAAUACCGUCUUAUCUAAGGGAAUGCCUGCUUCCGGGCAUGGGUUUUAAAAUAAAGAAGUCAAUUAUUGGUUAUUGCUGUUUUUGGUCCCCAGAAAUGGGAUGUCAAAAACUGAAGAAGUUAGGAUUAAGAAAUAGACCUUGUCACAAGUGCACUAGGGAAAUUUAUUCGUCAGUUAUGGAAAAUAAGACGUGUCCUUGUGGCAGUUGGUUUAUUGGCAUAGAAAGCAGCGCAUUAAGACCCAUAAGUCGGACUUCAAUAUUAAAAUUAAUGGCAUUAUGUACUUUUUUUUAUACAAUCUGAUACAAUAAAUUUAUA